AUGCAAUUCAUUCACGCGAUUGUCACCGCGGUGCUACUGAGCGCGGCGCAGGCCAGGUUCUACAACUUCUCUAAUGAAGUGGUCGGUGGUGAAGUGCCCAUUCAAUACAUCUCGGACGAUGUCUUCGACGCUCCCAAGGUAGACGCUUUGAAUGGCUCAACCUAUGACUGGUGGUACUUUGACGCCGUGUCUACGACCACCAAUGCGUCGGUCGUCCUGGUUCUCUAUCGUGCGACCCCAGGAAGAUUUCCUUACGUGCUGGACGGUUCUACGGCAUCGGUCAACUUGUUCAUUACGAGCGACAAUGGAACCUCGCAGUACUAUCCCAUUGCAAAUCUGCCCGGUCGCAAUGGGGAGGUCAUCAUCUCGACGGACGGCCAGGGAGCCUCUGGUGUUUGGGAGAGCACGGGGUUCAGUUUCUUCGGCUCUGCAGACCUGAGCAGCUAUACGGUCCAUGUUAAUUCUCCGGCACUUGGACUGAAUGGAACUCUUUCGUUGUCUUUGAAUGCCCCGGCACAUUAUCCCUGCGGUCCAAACGAGCCCGGCCAAAACCUCCUUGUCUCUCCCCAUGUCGGAUGGGCGAAUGCCAUGCCGGAUGCGGAUGCCGUGGCCUCAUUUACGAUCAAAGGCGAGGAUAUUCAGUUCACCGGAGUCGGCUAUCAUGAUAAGAACUGGGGUGACCAGCUGUUUAGCGAUCAUGUCGUAACUUGGUACUGGGGUCAUGGUCGUCUGGGUCCCUAUUCCUUGGUGUGGUUUGACGUGCUGCAUCCGAGUGGUCGCAAAUAUGUCAGUGGGUAUGUGGCUAGAGACGGGGAAGUGGUGGAGAACUCUUGCGAUACUGAGGACGUUCAAGUUCAGCCGUUUGGGCCGAUGGUAGUCUCUCCUUCGGCGAGCGAUGGUUCUUCCACCGACGGAUUUACUGUGGCCAUGGAGCUGGAAGACGGUCCUCUGCGCGUGACAGUGAAGAACCGUGCCACGAUUGUCCCGGGAAAGACGUAUCGUCGCUGGCUUGGAAGCAUGUCGGGAGGCAUUGUUGAUGAGACUCAAUACGAGGGCGUCGGUAUCUGGGAGGAGUUUAUUAUGCUUUAG